AAUUAAUUUACAAUACAUCUGCUCGAACCAAACCGGGACGCUUAACCAAACACACUUAAGUUCUCCAACUGCAUUAAAACUGAACCAAAACCGUUUUCGAAAUUUGAAACGUUGCAUUGGAUUUCAAAAUGCAAGUUAGGGCUUACAGUUACGAUGUAAAUGCCACUCAAUAUAAAAUAGAAAGUCAUCCGCUAAUAAAAAAGUUUUAAAAGAACCCUAACUGUUACGGCUAUGGCGUCAUCGAAGAAGAAGAUCUCCGACGAACUGAACUUUGAAACCUGGGCUCCAGCCACGAGAACCAAACUGAUCCAGAAAGGACUCUGGGAUGUCGUCGAAAACGGAGUCCCGCCAGAUCCAUCAAAAAAUCCAAAGCUAUCAGCGACGAUUCAACCCGAAGAACUCUCCAAAUGGAGAGAUCUCGUGGUGAAAGACACCAAAGCGCUUCAGGUACUGCAAUCAUCUCUUCCGAACUCUGCCUUCAGGAAGACUCUCUCCGCUUCUUGCGCCAAGGACGCUUGGGAUCUGCUCAAAAACGGAAACAAAGCGGUGGAACUGGUUAGGUUAGAGAAGCGGUUCGAAGAACUCAGCAUGAAGGAAGGAGAAACGAUUGAAUCCUACGUAGGUAGAGUCACGGUGAUCCUCGAAGAGAUGCGUCGUUUGAACAGGGUGAAAUCCAAGUACGAGGUUAACAAGAAGGUUCUGAGUUCGCUCAAGAUGCCGUAUACGAUUGUGGCUCCGUGUUUGGAAGAGAACGCGGAGGUUAUGGAGAACAUGCCUCUUGAAAGUCUUCCUGAGUUUUUCGAUAUAUGUGAUGAUGUGGCGGAGGAAGCUUGCGUUCUGAUGAUGAAGGGUAUGAGUCUUGACUCGAGGCCUGGUAAGUGGUGUGGUCUGUGCAAGAAGAGGAAUCACAACGAGGAAGAUUGUUAUUACAACCCUAGAAAGGGGAGUUCGAGGCGUGGUAAGUGCUUUCAGUGUGGAGAACGAGGGCACUUUGCGAGAGACUGCAAGAGAAAGAAUCAGGAGCAAGUGGUUAAGGAAUCUCUGGAAGAAGUUGAAGUUGAGUACUUAAUGUUAGCAGAGGAAGCUUUAGGCAAUGACACUUAUGAUGAGGAUGUAUGGAUGAUAUACCCCGAUGGUACAACGAAUCAUAUGACUCCGUAUGAGAAGUACUUUACCGCUUUGGACAGAACACAUAAAGCUAAGAUUGGAUUGGCAGAUGGAAAGUUUCUCAGGGUGGAAGGAAGAGGAGAUGUGAAGAUUAUGAUGAAGGAUGGGAAAAAGAAGAUGAUUAAGAAUGUGCUUUUCGUUCCUGGGUUGAACAGAAACGUGUUGAGUCUUAAUCAGAUGAUAGAAAGAGGCUAUUCAGCAUUCACGCCACCAGGCAAGUGCACUUUUCUAGACCGGACUGGAGCAGUGUUUGGAGAGACUGUGAGGGACAAGAGGGGACCUGCUCUGCGUUUUCAGGUGAUUGAAGGUAGCCUCACCUCUUAAUUAUCAGAUCUUUUCACUUCGGCAGUAGACGUAACUCGUAAGGUGGACGUAGGUGCUGUUUUUUUCUUCUUCUUCUGGUUUGUGUUAUCAUGUUUUCAGUUUGGUCGUUUUAUUGCUGCUGCACUAUGAAUCAGUCUGUGUUGUCUUUUAAACCCCUGACGGCUUGCUUUUUACCUAGUUUCCAAACACUUUUUGGUGUUAGUU